AUGCCCGCCAGCCCACCUUCGCCCUUAAGGCUAUCACACCGCCACACUCGCAGCCGGUCUUCGAACACAGAUAUGGAGCCGAUGUCGCCAGCCGAUUACAUGCAGAAUGGAUACUCUCUCGACUCUCCGCGAUCGCCCGCCAGCCCCCGGGCACACUACGCGCAGAGCAUGAACGGGUCAGCCAGGAUGUCCGGCGACUUUGGAGCAGCCACUGAAGCCAGCGGCGGGCUGGGGAAUCUUGCAGAUGAAUUGGCAGAUGCUUGGGAAGACGAAGAGAAUGGCUAUGGGGGGUAUGCGUCCGGGCAAGAAGUCGCGCAAAUGGAUUCACAGCCGUUGGAACAAGUGAGGACGCGGACGCCUUCGCCGGGAUAUAUGUCAGAGCGCGAUUCAUUGCAGCUGCCGCGGCCGAAGAUGCGAAAUGGCUCGAAUCGACACCGGAGGCAUGAAUCGCAGUACGACGGCUCAGAUUACGGGCCUGAUUCGGAUCUGGAGGAAGUUAAUAUGUCGCCGGGACUAGAGAAUCAGUUGGCGGAGAUUGAGAGUUUGGCGAGACGUGGACUGGAGAAUAAUGGGAGCGAAAACGAUCAUGUCAUUGACCGGGCGAUUACGGCGCUGCAGGAUCUUGGGGCGCAGAGUGGGAUUGAGAAUAAUGCUAUGAGGCUCAUUACCGCCCACUCUUCAAUAACCUCCUACCUCACCCACCAGACACGCACCGUCCAGAACCUAACCCAUCCCCUCCUCUUUGCCCCCUUCCCCCUCCUCUCCGAAGAUGCAAUCGACGCUCUCAUCCCCCUGAUCGACGAAGGCCUCCUCCCUAACCUCCCCUACCCAUUCCCAGAGCAAAACCACCAUUCCUCCCGACCAAAUACUCCUUCAUCACACUCCACAUCGUCCACUUCCAACCCCCUUACCUCCCUCCAGACCCUGAUCUCGCAAACCUCCGACAUAACACUCUCCCUUCGCGGCCUGAGCGACACCCUCUACGAAUCCCGCCAGCUUCAAUCAACAGCCUCUAGGCGUCUUCGCUCUGCCCGCGAACUCGUCGCCGACCUCCGCAGGGAAGAAGAAGGCCGCGAGGAGGGCACAAGGUGGAUCGAAAGAGGAGACUGGGACCGGAAGCUCAGGGAACGCGAAGCUGGCCGUGAGUGCGGUGACGUCGUGAGUGGCUUUGAGGCGUUCUGUGGUGAGUGGAGGGAGAAAUUGUUUGGCGCCGCUGGUGCGUCCGAGGCUGUUGCUGCAUAG